AAACCAUCUUGAAGCUUUAACGAGUACCAAUGGCAAUGAUAAGGGGAGCUUCUUUCUGCCUCUUGUUUUUCUCUUUUUUCUUUGCUUUGGAGAGUGUCCAAGGCAACCCCAACUACAAAGAUGCCUUAGCAAAGUCCUUAUUGUUCUUCCAAGGGCAGAGGUCUGGGAGGCUCCCAAAAACCCAGCAAAUUACUUGGAGGUCCAACUCUGGUUUAUCUGAUGGACAGCCUGCCCAUGUGGAUUUAACUGGAGGUUACUAUGAUGCCGGAGACAACGUUAAGUUCAAUUUUCCGAUGGCUUUCACGACCACUAUGCUUUCAUGGAGUGCGCUCGAAUAUGGAAAGCGAAUGGGCCCAGAAUUACAAAAUGCAAGGACCUCAAUCCGAUGGGCAACAGACUACCUCCUAAAAUGUGCCACGGCCACACCCGGAAGGCUCUACGUUGGGGUUGGCGACCCAAAUGUGGACCACAAGUGUUGGGAAAGGCCUGAGGACAUGGACACGUCCCGCACCGUGUAUUGGGUCUCUCCUUCCAACCCUGGCUCCGACGUUGCCGCUGAGACUGCCGCUGCUUUAGCUGCUGCUUCCAUGGUUUUUAGAAAGGUUGAUCCGAAGUACUCGAGGUUACUUUUGAAAACUGCCAAAAACGUCUUUCAAUUUGCAAUGCAAUAUCGUGGUGCUUAUAGCGAUUCGCUUGGCUCUGCUGUCUGCCCAUUUUAUUGCUCAUAUUCUGGAUAUAAGGACGAACUGCUGUGGGGAGCUGCUUGGCUUCUAAUGGCUACCAACGAUGUUUCUUACUCCAAUAUCUUGAAAUCCCUGGGAGCUGAUGAUGGAACCGAUAUGUUCAGCUGGGACAACAAAUUGGCCGGUGCUCGUGUUCUUCUAUCAAGGAAAUCCUUGCUUAGAAAUGAUAAGAACUUCGAUCCAUUCAAGCAACAAGCUGAAGAUUUCAUGUGCCGCAUUUUGCCCAACUCUCCGUUCUCAAGUACACAAUAUACACAAGGUGGGCUCAUGUACAAGCUACCAGGAAGCAACCUUCAGUACGUUACAUCCAUUACAUUCUUGCUCACGACUUAUUCCAAAUACAUGUCCGCCACGAAACACACAUUUAACUGUGGCAGCCUUUUGGUCACUCCGAGUUCACUAAAAUACCUUGCAAAGAAACAGGUUGACUACAUAUUAGGAGAGAACCCACUAAAACUAUCGUACAUGGUUGGAUAUGGGGCAUAUUUUCCGAAGAGAAUUCACCACAGAGGAUCCUCAUUGCCCUCAUUGGCAAGCCAUCCACAAAGCUUAGGUUGUGACGGCGGUUUUCAACCAUACUUGUACUCAUCAAACCCCAAUCCUAACAUCUUGACUGGAGCCAUUGUUGGUGGUCCGAACCAAAACGAUGGCUACCCAGAUGACAGAACUGACUACAGUCAUGCGGAACCUGCCACGUAUAUCAAUGCUGCUAUUGUUGGACCUCUAGCAUUUUUUGCUGGAAGCUAUACCCGCUGAGGAAUAUUUUCUUAAGACAGGAGUUGGUUCAGUAUAUGUCUGUAUUUAACCCCAAACUAGGCAUGUACCACCAAGAAAUAGGUGGAUGAUGUAGUUGUGUUUGAAUUCUCUCCGGGAUAAUCCCGUGUUCCCAAAAUGAACAACUUAUGUGGCAAAAAAUAUAGUGCGACACAAAAUAAUAGGGAGAUUUCAAUUCGAAGCUUUA